AUACGCGGCUUUACGAAUUAUCUUCAGUCGGUAUUAUCUGUUUGCAUUGUGUUUUAUCGCUUUAAUUUUAUGUUUUAUAAUUGACAAACGAACAUAAAAUCAAUAUUUAAUGUAUAGUUUUAUUGCAGUGCUUUAAAUACACUACAGAUACUAAAAUUUUAUGUACUAUGUAUGAGUAUCCUGUUGAAUGCAUGCACAUUUAUGCGCUAUCGGUAAAAAGAAAUAUUAUUGAUGUUUACGAGUCGGGCUUGAAUGAUGUUGCUUGAAAUAUCUCACGACACUGCAAAUAUAAAUUAAAUGUACAAUAUAUUUUCCACUAUGUUUCUUGGCGCAAUGUAACAUUGCAAAACAUAAAUCAUUUUAGCGACAAAAUGCUCGAUACAGAGUACGAUGAUGCUCAGAAACAAAGCGAGCAAGAUACGUUGCUUGAAGAACAAUAUGGAAUUGUGGAAAAUCUUAAACGAGAGUUGCAGUUGUGCAAAAUAGAACAACAUAAUAUACGGACUGAAUUAGAAAUUCUACGAAAUGAGGAUCAAAAAAUUAAUGAUAUAAAAGAAUCCCUGAAUUCUAUUCAUUUGGAAGAAUGUGGUAAUGAAGAUGCAUAUAAGAAGGAAAUACAAAAUUUACAAGAGCGUAUUAUGCUGUUAGAAACAGAAAAGGAUUCAGCUUUGCAACUGUGGCAUAUUUCUCUGGAUACUGUAAGUGCCUUAGAGGAUCAAUUAAAAGGAUUUCAUGUAGAUGGAAAAGGAACAAAAUUUUAUCAAGAACAAGCAAAUGCUAUUAAAGAAAGUUAUUCAGAAGCUAUUAAAAUGUUAGAGGAAAAGCUUGCACUUGCUAGAAAUAAUUUUAUCAAACAUCAGACAUUGUAUGAAAAUAGCAAAGAGAGAAUUAAUAGUUUAACUAGAGAAAAGAAUGAGCUUUUGGAAAAAUAUAGAAACCUUCAAACAAGUGCCCAGGAUAAAGACAGGAACAACCAACUAACAAUAGAGACAUUAAAACAAGAAUUAGCUCAUGCCAAAAUUGAGACUGAUAAAAUACUACAAGCAAAAUUGGGAUUAGAAAAAAAAUUAAAUGAAGUUCAAACGUAUACUGAAAAUGUAAUGGAAAGAGAUAAGGAAACAAAAACUAAGGUAGCAGAAGCAAUUGAAUUGAUAGAAUCUGCAGUUAGAGAAAAAGAUUUGGCCCUACAUCGUGAGUCUCUUGUAUUGGAAGAAAAAGCCCGGUUGGAACAGAGAAUAAAUGUAAUAGCUAAUGAAUAUGAUGUAAAGAUACAAGAGUUGAAUAAGAAAACAAGAGAUGAGAUUGAAUUAAAUACGAAAAAGUACUUAACAGAGAUCAAUGAACUUAAUGCAGAACUAAAAGCAAAAACAAUUGUAGCGGAAAAAGCGCAAAGAGAAUUGAAAUUUAUUGAAGAAGAAUUGAAUAAAAUACGUAGAGAUUCAACUAUAAAAGUUUUAGAGUAUGAACAGAAAGCCAAACGUAUGGAACUUCAGCUACAAGUGUAUGAUGAAACAAUAGCAAAAAACAAAUAUGAUAUGGAAAUCAAACAAUUAAAAGAAAAGAUUAUUAUUCUCGAAGACAAACUAAGUGCUUCAAACAAUAAAUUACAAAAUCAACAUCAACAAACCAAUAAUACAGAAGAUCAGGGGAAGAUAGCUGCUCAUGAAAAUAGAGAUAUAAUGAAACAAUAUUCGGAUUUAGAAAAUCAAUUGGCUAAAACAUUGGGUGAUAAAGAAAAUCUUGUAUUACAAUUAAAAUCAUUGAAAAAUGAUUUUGAAUAUGAAAUACAAAAAAGAAAUAAUGAAAGACAUUCUCUUGAAACAAAAAUUCAAGAAUUAGAAGUUAACCUUCAUAAAGCAACUUGCAUAGAGGACAAUAAAUUUAAAGAUGGUAUUACUGAUGAAAUAAAUCCGUAUCUGAAAAACAAACCUAGUUUCGAUAUUACAGUUGAAAAUAAAUGUCAUUGCUGUCAGUCUGCAUUAUCAGAUCACAUCAAUAAACUUCAGGAGAAAUUUGACAGAAAAACAAAGGAAUUAAUCAAUCAUGUUCAAGUACAUCAGAAACUAAGCAAAAAGUGGAGAGAUGAAGCAAAAUCUUUGACAGUUAAAUUUCAUGGAAGAUCUAAAGAACUGAGAAGAAAAAUAAGUACGUUACAGAAGGAAAAUAAUGAAUUAAAUACAGAAUUAUUAAUCUGUAAACAACAACUAGCACAACAUGCAAUUGAAGAUAUACAAAGAUUUAAUGAACCGAAUGAAAUUAGAUGACAAUAUUUCCUUUAUCUACAUAAGCUUUAUAAUGGAUGUUUGACUGUGUAAAUAUUAU